UUUGGUUGUAGCCCGAUGGAGACCCCAGGGGGACCACAGAAGCCCUUGGCCUGCAGGAGAGCCCAGUCUCUGGACAGGCCUCAGGCGCCCAGGAAGGACUCUGGGUCGGGGAACUGCCAGUGCCUCUCCUUUUCCACCGCUCCCUGCCGGAGGCCCCUUCGCCGCACGUCCAGCGACGGGGCCAGACACUCCGGGAUCCCAGCUCAGUCUGCAGAGGCCCAGGGCACCGUCACCACAGCCCUCACCCUGGAGGGGAUGAGGGGCCUUCUGCCCAGUGAGCAGAGGCCCCAGCAAGACGCCAAGAAGCACAAGGCCCAGAGGCGGGCCCAGCAGGGGUGGCUGAAGGCCGUGCUGAACUUCUUCCUGAGGACAGGCCCAGAGGAGCCCAGAGAAAAGGCCAGCAAGAGGCCCAAGGGGAAGGAGGAGCCCUCAGAACCCCCGGACGGCCCAGGAGAGCCGGCCCUCAGGACCAGAGCCCGCGACAAGAAAGCCAGUCGCAAGAGACACAGUCACAGGAAGCACGAUGCUGAGGACCCGGAGGCAGGGCUGCCCAGGACAGAGGCUGCCUCCACGGAGGAGGCUGACCCGGGCCCAGCUGGCAGGGGAGGACACGGACACGAUUCCUUUCUGCACCCGUCCUUGCCCAUCGAAGUGGGUGGUGCCGGCUUCUCAGGCGUUUCUCCCCAAGCCGCGGGUGCCCAGCCAGAAGAGCACCUCAGGAAGCCCGACCAAGAUGCUGUCAUCCAGAGGAUCGUGGAAUUGCUCAAAAAAGUGGGAGACCAGUGGGAGGAGGAGCAGCAACUUCAAGUCCCUCGGCUAGAGGUGGCUCUUCAAAACCCCUCCCCGGUCUGCAAGAGGAAGUCCCAGGAGAGAAAGGCCAGCCUCAAGAGAGCCUUUUCCCUUAAGAAGUACGGCCCCGGCCCCGAGGAGUCCAGGAGAGCAGGGGCUGCCGAUGUCCCCAGUGCAGAGGCCCGGCCACCCAAGAAGUCCAGCUUUCUGCCCAUGUGUGUCGGUAGCCACCGGUCCUCCAUCUCCAGCAGCCCUGGCUUGGAAGGACCCGAGGUCCACGAGGCCCUGUCUGCAGAUGGGGAGGGCCCAAGCCCCUCUGAACCGCCCACCCACGCCAGAUGCCAGGGACCCGUAGAGGAGCUGCCGCUGGACGGGGCCUCAGAGUCCAACAAAUUCUUCCAGAAGAUCCUUGCCCUACUCCAAGAUGCCGAGGAGCAGGAGGGAGAGCAGCAACCCCAAGUGCAGGAGGUGGAGGUGGCUGUGGAGAACCCGGCCCCAGUCUGCAGGAAGAAAUCCCAGGAGAAGAAGUCCAGCCUCCGGAGAGCCUUUUCCCACAAGAAGCACAGCUCCAAGGAGCCCAGGAGGGCAGGGACCGUCCCAGAGGCCGGGACACCCAAGAGGCCCAGCUACCUGCCCUUGUGUGUGGGUGGCCACCGGUCCUCCAUCUCCAGCAGCUCGGAUCCAGAACAUUCUGAGUUCCAGGAGCCUUUGGCUGCCGAAGGGUUCCCAGCAGCAUCCUCCCAGACCAGAAGCCACACACCAGAAGGAGGAGCCCUGCCGGAGGACACGUGUGAAUCUAAGGAGGGCAUCAUCUGCACCCUAGUGGAGCUGCUCCAGGAAGUGGAUGGCGAGCUGGGGGACCAGAUUGGGCGGCACCCCAGCUUUAAGAGUUUUUUUUACGAGUUCUCGGACUCCACCCUCAGGAAGCUGGUGGCCACCCUGCGCAGACGGAAGACUCACUCGCCCGGUGGGGCCAGGAGCCUCGCCCAGAGACCCUCCCCAUAUGCCUUUGGCUUGGUCCACAAAUUCGCUGGCAGCCACAGCCGCACCAUCUGCAGCCUCAUGGGCUCCCGGGGCCACUGCGUCCAGCACAACUUCACCCAGUUCCCGUCCAGGGAGGCCCAGCCGAACAUGCCAAGUCCUGAGUGUCAAAGUCCAGAUUGAAAGCUGUGCCUUAUGCUCAAAUGCCCUCCAACUAACAAACUGAUUGGCAGCUUUCAUUGGAGGCCCUGAAGAUGCUCCAUGACGCCCCGAUCUAUGCUUUACCAGCAGGCCCGAGACAGCAGCCGACGACACUGUGCACCAUGCACCCUUGUCUGAGAAUGUACCGAGCCUUCAUCCACAGAGCUGGAGGCGGGGGCUGUGUCGGGGAAUCAGCCCCGAGCUGGGGGUCAGGAGGCCUGGGCUCCGCCUGCCGAACCUGCCCCCGACCUGGCAAGGCCCUGUGCACACCACGGAUUCUAGUUACCAAGAAGGAGGUCUAUUGACAUUUCCCCAGAUAUUAGUUUUAGCCUUUUCUUUUCUUUUCUUUUUUUGGUACCAGGGAUUGAACCCAGGGGCACUUAACCCACUGAGCCACAUCCCCACUCUUUCUCGAUCCUUUGUUUUUGAGAUGGGAUUUUGCUAAAUUGCUUAGGGCCUCGCUAAGUUGCUGAGACUGGCUUUGAACUCUUGAUCCUCCUGUCUCAGCCUCCUAACCGCAUCCAGCCCCAAGAUAUUAGUUUUAAAUGAGUUUUAGUUUUGGAAAUAGUUUUUGUUUAAUCUCCGACCAGAACAUCCCCAUGCAUUAAGCAAAUGUGCGUCUGUGUGUAGCACAUUGUUUACUCCAGUCACCAGUAGCUUAAUGCUCUUGGGGAUUUCCAACCACCUCCCAGGAGGGCUCUGCAGGCCCUAGAUAGGGGCGGUCCAUAGAUGGAUGAACCCCUGGUCGCUCAGAAUCCUCCUAACCCUGUGUCCUAUAAUUAAUUCUAUGACCAGAAAAAUGAAGUUGAUACCUGUACCUCUCCCAUCUCAUGAGGUUUGCUAAAAAUCAGAAAAUGGAUGUGAAGGGUCCUGAAAAUUACAUGGUACCGUGUCCAUGGAGGAUUUUUUUUUUUGUACCAGGGAUUGAACUCAGGUGCGCUUUACCACUGAGCCACAUCCAUGGCUCUCCCCCCCUUUUAAAAAAAUUUGAGACAACGUCUUGCUAAAUUGCUCAGGGCAUCACUUAGUUGCUGAGGCUGUCCUCAAACUUGUAAUCCUCCUGCCUCAGCCUCCUGAGCUGCUGAGAUGUUAUUUUUAUUAGAGCUACAUGUGAGUAAUUUCCAGGAAGUGAAGGGCUUUGAAUUGGACUGAGAUGGACAUUUACCCAGAUGUGCACUGCUCAAGAGGACCAGACCCCAGGAGGUACUGUCACAGCCGGAGCCUGCGGAUUUAUAGAUUCAAGAUGACAGUUUUUAGGCCGAUGGAAGUGAAAUGUCUUGUAAGGGGCUUGUUUUGUAUUUGCAUAAUGAUGAAGUGUGGGGUGCUAGAGGCUCCUCAUCCUACACAACUGAACAGAUCCAAAGCUUGAGUCCCAUGGAUCAUUUGCUUCACAUCACAUCUCCCUGCAGGCCUGACAGGGCUGCAAACAGAGACCUGACUCCCGUGGACAUGGCCUGGGACACGUGGCCAUGGGGAGAGGACACUAAAACUUGGACAGCAAACUUGGUGGAUCAAAUAGCCCUGUUGGGCCUGUGGCCCAGCCUGAGAGGGCAGGGGAGGGAGGAAGCCCAGGGUAGGGGGGGCUCUGGGCACUUGGAGGGGCCUGGCCUCAAACCUAAGGCAAAGUUUCCGGAAGUUCAGCCAGAUGUAUUCUGUCCGGAAGGUUUUUAGUUUUUACGUCGUUUCUGAGGAGUGGGGGGUGGGCUGGGCUAUUUAUGGAUUAUUUAUGCAGCAGCGCUCAGGAGCCCCGCGGUGCAGAGCCAGGUGGAACCGAGGUCAGGAACCUCCGUAUCUAGCUUCUCAUCAGGAGCCAUGUCUUUGGGCUGUCGAGUGGUUGGUGUGAGUCUCCGAUGCUGGCAUCUGAGCCUCGUUUUUGUACUAUAUUAUUUGAUUAAAUAAAGCAGUUGGCACAGAA